AUGGCAGAAGCUAAUGCUAGUGAAAUGAACAACAUGAAGGAUGCAGGCGUUAGCACACCCCGUAUAUAUGCUAUGUUAGCUAAUCAAAAAGUAGAAGAUCCUUACCUCUAUUAUGAGCACAUAGUUGAUGUUAAAGGGGUAUUGCAAGCUCUAUUUUGGUGUGAUGGAAGAAGCCAAUUAGAUUAUGAAGUAUUUGGAGAUGUGCUUGCUUUUGAUGCGACAUAUAAGAAGAACAAGUUGUGUCCGGUAGUAGUGUUUUUCGGUGUGAAUAAUCACAACCAAACAGUGAUAUUUGGAAGUGCUUUAGUUACUGAUGAGAGUAAGGAGGUCUAUGUAUGGUUAUUACAACAACUAUUGACAGUUAUGAAGGAAAAAACACUUGUAUCUGUGAUUACAGAUGGUUUUCCAUCAAUAAAGUUUGCAAUUGAGGCGGUAUUCCCAAAUGCCCAUCAUAGAUUAUGUGCUUGGCACCUCAUUCAGAACGCUACAAGUAAUGUUGGAAACCCAAAAUUCACAUUUAUGUUUAAGAAGUGUAUGCUAAGAGAUUACAAGAUUAGUGUGUUUGAGCAGAAGUGGUUUGAAAUAGUUGAGGAGUUUGGUGUAGCGGAAAAGAAUUAG